AUUGGUAUCGGAAGAAAAACGUCACGCGAGUGACGCAUGUUGUCAUCCAAAUUUAACCAAUCAACGGAGUUUCUGCGCGUAGCGAGCAGCCAAUCAGAAAGGCCGUCUUCACUUUUCAAAACCUGCCCGCCAUCUUGCACGCUGAAGAAGACUUUUAGGGAGGUAAACGUUUGUUUACCGUAUGUUGGUUCGACAAGAUUAGUUCAUUUUUGGAUAUAUUGUUUUGUGAAGGCAGGGAGCCUACGAAUAUUAAGGAUGGACUCUCGCUUUGCUCACCUGUACAAGCGGGACAGCAGUGUGUCUAUGAUCAGACUGAAGAUGUCCAGACGAAGGUCUCAGUCUCAGAAAGAGAACCGAGAGAAGUUGCAGAACCUGCGCAGACAACUCGACCAGCUGCCUGAGAUUGAGCUGUCAAUGGAUGCAUCCUGCAUCAUAGCUACACAAGACAAUGCAUCCAAAACAAAGUCUGCUAAAGAUGUGAAUGCUGCAGCCGAGGAGAGAAAGAAGAUGCUUGCCCGUUACAAGGAGAACAAGACAUUGCAGAAAGAGAAAGAAAAGAGGGAGAAAGAGAAGAAAGGUGUGUUUAAGGUCAGCCUGUAUAAACCGCAGCCACUUGGGUAUCUGCCAUCAAACUCUGCUAGACCAGUCAAAGGCAAGAUCGCAGAGCCUAACCAGUCUACAAGAGUCACCCGUUCUAUGAUGCAAAACCAAAAGCUAACAGUUGAAAGACAAGCUGCUCCAAAGAAAGUGGAGAUGGCACCACCCAGCAGAGCGCCAACAAAGAACAACCCAAAACCGCUGGCCUCUACUAAAGGCAGAAUAGCUACAGUUGAACCUUCUAUAAGAGCUCCGACCACACGGUCAGUUUCUAAAACAAAACCCGCAGCUGUAACUAAUCCGGUUGCUGCAGAUACUAAAGCUCCCAAAACAAGAUCAACCAUGAAAUGUCCUUCAGCGCCCUCUUCAGGCAAAGAUAAAGCUGCACAAGGUGACACUAAAACAAAUGCUGAAAAUAAGCCUGCUGAGAAAAAGGACACUGCAGUUGAUUCUGGCGCUCCUAAAGAAGAGGAGAAACCCAAAGCUGCUCCCUCCUCAUUUGCCCCUCAGGGAUUUGUGUUCCAGGCUCCUGAUGGGCUGAGGUCCUUCCAGCCUGAACCUCUCUCGCCGCGUUCAGCCAGUGCUUUCCUCUCACCAAGCUUUUUAUCUGAUCCUAGCACGGAGACCACCUUCCCCUCUCCUCCAAAAGUUGUUCCGCCCGCUCCUACUGUCUCUUCCUCUCCGCCUUCUUUAUCAACCCCUCCUCCAGAUUAUCCCUCCACCCUUCCCUCAGUAUCCUCCACUCCUCCUGCCCCAUCUACCCCUCAGCCAUCAAACUCUGCUAUGCCAUUACCUCCAUCAGUCCCUGUAGAGCCUCAACAUGAUGUUGCCUAUUUCAGGGCAGCGAUGGUCAGUGAGACGGAGCGUUUGACUGUCCUAUCUGAAUUGUGGCAGUCACGUUUCGAUGAUACUUCUAUUCCAGAGGAGACCAGAGAUCUGAUGCGUACCGCUGUGGGUCAGGCCAGAUUACUUAUGAAGGAGCGCUUCGGCCAGUUCAGCGGGCUGGUGGAUGACUGCGACUUGGGCCGUGGAGAGAAAAUAACCACUUGUACUGACUUGCAGGGAUUCUGGGACAUGGUUUACUAUCAGGUUGAAGAUGUUACCAAGAAAUUCAAUGCCUUAAAAGAGGCAGAAGCAAGAGACUGGAAGGAGGAAGCCAAACCUGCUCCCAGAAAAAGAGUGGUCAUCAAAAAGCCUCCUAUUCCAGGGGGGAAGACUGCCACGGGUGGAGGUGCCAGUGCCGCAGCUAAAGGUCGACUAGCUGCUAUAAAGGCUGCCAUGAAAGCCAAGCAGGCAGCAGAACAGAAAGCCACCGAGACCUCAGAGCGCAACCAGGAAACCCCGAGCUUGGACCCUGCCAACACAAUCCCUUUACAGACUGUGGUGUUUCAUGGAGGCUUCUUUCAGGUGGAAAGUCCAGUCAAGCCAUCUGGUGUGGUUAGACGAUCGUCUCGAAUCAGUGCGGUCAAUUCACCUCAGUGUUCCAAGUUUACUACUCCAAGCAGGCAGUGCAGAUCCAAUGCAGCUUCUCGUGCCUCGCCUCUUCCCUGCAUGCCUACCACACCUCGAAACCAUCAACCUGACGUAUUACCCGUCUCCACUCCUCAACAUGCCGAGCCACAGUCACCCAAAGCCCCACAGAUCAGCCCUGAGCACAACCAAACUUCACCAGACACGGAGCACUGUUCCAACAACCAACCUCGGUUCGAUUUAAGCCCUACCUGUACCCCUCGCAUCCGACCAGAUGUCAGCAUUGAACCAGCCAAAAGUCCAGCAGAACGAUCACAUGACUCCCCCAGCCAAUCAGAAACACAGCUUCCUGUUGCAUCUUCAGAACCAUGUCCUCGGCUUGAGGAAAGCAUUGAAGAGUCUAUGGUGUGUAGUCCAUCACCCCAAGAGAAUACAGAGGAGAAAAUGAUCUCUGAAGCGGGUUCACGUGUCCCAGUUGAAGCAGAUGCCUGUUUGGGGUCUGAAGAUGUGGAUGGUGAAGUUGCAAGCAUUUGUGGCCCCGCCUCCCCAGUCCUGACGCCUUUCACACCAAGCAAAGAUCUCAGUAAUGAUAGCUCUCCAACUAGUACGGAUGUUGAAAUGACUGGAAAUCAGGAUUCUGAGUGUGUUGCUGAUUUGGACUUUGAGCGUUACCUGCAGCCAACAGUGAGAUACAGCAUCUCUCCAGUGCCGACACUUGUAGAAGAGAGAUUCUCUCUCGGAGCAGUGGAUGCCGAGAUGGAGAGCCCAGCGGCUCAGCUAGAAGAGCGCACUCUGGAUAUUUUGGAAAUGCCUACGGCACUUCCAAGGAUGCUUUUCACACCCCAGACUGAUCAGAUGUUGGACAAUCUGUUGCUGUUCACCCCAGAGAAGAGGGACAGAGUGAGACAGUCAGUUUGUGAACGUGACCUGAUGACAUUCACGCCUCCCACACACAAAUAAGAGCACAUCCAUAUUCAUUGUCCCAGAGUGAAUUUUAUUCAUGUUAUAAGUAAAUUAGAUUAGUUUGAUACUUACUUAUUCAGUGUUUUGACACAAUUUUUUGUACUUUAUAAUGAGGACAUUUAGAUCCAGUUAUAUAUCUAUGCAGGUUU